AUGGGUUCGGGGAAUUUGGUAAUGAAGAAGGCGAUAAGGCCCAGCUCCUUUGAUCUGGACAUAAAAAUUGAUCAAAGUUGGAUGGAGGAUGUUGCUUGCCCAAUCUGUCUCGAUUUCCCCCACGAUGCGGUACUGCUUAGGUGCACCUCGUAUGAGAAGGGCUGUAGACCUUUCAUAUGUGACACUGACCAGACUCGCUCAAACUGUCUCGAGAGGUUCAAAGGCGCUCAUGGCCUACCAGCCAAUGUCAAAGUCUCAUCUCGUACUGUGGCUCCCCUUAAUAGCAUUCAUAUCAUUUCAUCAAAUGCAAAUAACCGCCCAGCUUGUCCGUUGUGUAGAGGUGAUGUGAUUGGGUGGUUUGUUAUUGAUGAGGCUCGCUUGCACCUUAACCAGAAGAAAAGAUGCUGCGAAGACAGUUGCUGCUCGUAUGUUGGCAACUUCCAUGAGCUUCAGAAGCACACCCAACAAAAACAUCCAAAUUCACGCCCUUCUGAAAUUGAUCCUGCUCGCCAGGUUGAUUGGGAGAACUUGCAGCAGUCUUCUGACAUAAUAGAUGUCUUGAGCACAAUACAUGCACAAGUUCCAAAUGGUAUAGUUCUUGGAGAUUAUGUCAUUGAGUAUGGGGAUGACGAAGCUGGAGAUGACUAUGAAGUUUACCACAGGGUUAGAGCAAACUGGUGGACAUCCUGCAUUUUUUGCAAAGCAUUCUGUAGGUCUACAGGAGGAGGCCGAAGAAGGACAAGAACAAGGGAAAGGAGAAGUAGUGGAACAAGGAACAGCAACAGAUCUAGUCAAGAAAGCUUUAGUCUUGAAGUGCCAACAACAUCUGUUGACAUGAGAGAAAUCAGAUUUGAUGAAAUUGAUGAUGAAUAUAUAGUUAUGGGGGCCAUGACUAGGGCUGCUGUGUCAAGGAGAAUGGCUGCUCAUUACAGGUCUGUAGUCACUGUGUUAUUUCCUGCUGUCUGUUAUUACUCAGAGAUCAUAUGGUUAAAAUGA